AUGUUCAAACCAGCCAUUGCAUUCAAACCAGCCAUCGCAUUCAAACCAGCCGUCUUAUUCAAACCAGCCAUCCCAUUCGUUCCAUCCACAAAAUAUAUAAAGCAAGUUCCAUUAGCUCUAGCCGUUUCAUCCAAUUCCGCCAAUGAAAAUUUAAACUUGAAUUCCCUGGAGCCGCUUAUUAAUAAUGAACAAUUAUCUGAUAGUGUUAUUAAUAUACCUGAACCCCUUUUAUCAAUUCCGAUACCAGUAUCUGUUAUUUAUGGUGCAGAAUAUGAUAAUGGAGUAAGAAGACGUUGUCGUUAUAAAUGUGAAUAUCAGGGUAAUUAUCAAGGAAAAAAAAAAUUGAUGAUUGUUGAAAACCAGCGUAAUACACGUUCCAAACGUAGUGGAUGUCCAUGGUUCAUAAAUGCCACAUGUCCAAAAACAACCGGUAUUAUUAGUAUCACCACCUUAAGUUUAGAACAUGGAGACCAUCCUUUAGAUCCCCUUACUAAGUUUUGGACAACAAAAGGGAAUCUUAAUAUGCGUACUCAACGGCAAUUACUUGAAGCUAAAUAUGAAAAUGUUUUUUUUUUAUCCCAAGACCUGUCAAAUGCUAUUCAAAAGGUUAAAACUAAACAAAAGGUUGAUCAUGAAGCCGCAACACUGGUUAAUCACCUUAUUGAACGUAAAGCUGAGGAUAUUAGAUGGACUAUAAAUUGGUGUGUAGACCCGGCAACAAACACUUUAGUAUCAAUAUUUUGGAUGACCCCAGAACAAUAUGAACUUUACUUACAAUAUAGUGAUGUUGUACAAUAUGAUAAUACUUACUCUACUAAUAAAUUUAAAAUGGCGCUUGGGCUUUUUGUUAUAGUUGAUAAUCAUAAUAGAUCUAGGUUAGUUGGGCAAACGUUAAUGACUGAUGAAACUUUAGAGAGUUUUGAAUGGGUAUUUAAUUCACUUAAUAAAGGAACAAAUGUCUUCCCUUCGGUUAUUAUAAUAGACAAUGACCUUGCUAUUGAUGCUGCAAUUGCAAACAUAAUGCCUGAUACUUAUCAUGUACAUUGUAUAUACCAUAUUGGACAAAAUUUAUUAAAGAAUUUAAAGUCUAAGUUGGGUUUUGAAUAUAAUGAUUUUAUUAAAGCUUGGUAUAAAAUGAGGAAUACAGUAUCUCAAACUGAAUUUGACUAUCUUUGGGACUCUUUACUUGAACAAUACCCCGCCUCAGAAUCAUAUCUUAAUAGAGCGCUUGGUUCUCAAAAACAUAAAUGGGCUUUUUCUUAUAUUUCACGUAUUUUUACAGGAGGGAUUCAAAGUACACAAAGAGUAGAAGGGCAAAAUGCGAUAAUUAAAAGUGCUAUUAAUAGUCACACAUCUCUCUUAGAUCUUUUUAAAAAAAUUGAAAUACAACUCAAUCGUGUAUCUACUACAAUACAAUAUAAAAAUUGGGUUCAUUCCGUAACUGGUUCAACGCUUAUACAUUCAAGUCAUGACUUUUCACCUAUAAUUGAUAAAUGGAUUGUUGACUAUUUAACUCCCGCUGCCCUUUCUAUGCAAAGACAAGAAAUAGCACAAACCGUCUGGUACACUCCUCAACAAGUUGAUAAGAAUUGCGCUUUGGAGAUUGAGAAUGAAGAUGAGUCACUUAAUACUGGUUUAAUUGAAGAUACUAUUGACGUUCCAUUAAUAGUCUUAAAAGAGCUUAUUCCAACUGAUAGAUAUAAUAACAUUGUUGAGAUCUGGGAACUUGUUCGCCAUAGAUGCACAAAAAAAAAUUAUGUUGUUCUUUUUGAUAAUAAAUCUCACCUUUGUACAUGCCUGGGUCUUGUCCGAUGUGGUAUCAUUUGCCGUCACUUUUUUCGCCUGUUAGGAAAUUCAAUGUAUGCAAAAUUUCAUGUAAUGUUAAUAUCUAAACGAUGGUAUAAUGAUGAAAAACAACGUGAACCUACCUCAAUCCUUUGUCAACAACCUUUUACUGAUGGCUUUCAGGAACCUUCUGUUAAUACCUUACAAACUGAAACCUUUCUAGAAAUGCCUUAUAAAAUGGUUAAUAUUCCUUAUGAACAUGUUUAUAAUUCCUUAAAUCAACGAAAAGAAUAUGCAACAGCUAAUGGACUUUUGAAAAAAGCGAUUCAAUUGGGGUUGGAUGUAGGAUCGUCGGCAAUACAAGAGUUAAACGAUUUUAUGAAAAACUUUAUAACAAAACAUACACCAAAUCAGAAAUCACCCCGAAGAAACCCUAGAGCUUUGUUAGCUAAAUCUUACAAUAUACCGGGCAGCUCUGAUGAAUCUGAUGGCUUUGAUAGUUCUGACUCAAAUUAUGAUAACGAUGAAUUAGAUUCUCAAGAUAUUGAGAAUAUAAAUCCAUCUUUAAUUCAGAAUCCUAUCAUUCAUACAAGAAAAGGUGCUCCACGCAAAACAAGAUUUAAGGGAUCACAUGAGGUAAAACAGAAAAAUGCAGAACGUCAGAAAAAUAAAGGGCGAAAACCUACAGAAUGUCAGCAGUGUCAUAAAGUUGGACAUAAUAAAGCCGGAUGUGAAAAAUGGCAUCAAAAAAAUCAAAUUCCAUAUUCUUUUUAG